AUGGACCCUCUAUCCAUCCUCUCCGUAGUCGCUGCCGCGGUGCAGUUUGUCGAUUUCGGGCAGCGACUAUUCUCCGAGACUUGGCACAUCUAUCGCUCUGCGUCGGGCCAGAGCCUUGUUCUGGAGAAUCUCUCGGCAGUUUCAACCGACAUCACACAGCUUUCUACGACUGUGAAAGAGACCCUGGCAGCUCAAAAAAAUGGUGCCUCUGCCGCUGAAGAUGCCGACAGAGAAUUACUCCGUCUCUGUGCCGAGUGCGAUGCCAUCGCGACGAAGGUACUCACAGUUCUGCCCAAUGCCAGCUCGGCCUUUCAAAGCCAACUGGCCCAGGACAAGCAGGCAUUUGACCGAGCAACAUUCCUAGAAUAUGAGCGAAGAUUCGUUGGAGAAUGUUUCCGAGCUGCACCGAAAGGCUGGUGGCAGCGGAGGGAUAUCGAGGAGAUCACGGAACGCCUGAACAAAGUGCGUCAAGAUGUCAUGAUGGUGGCGACUAACAUCAAGCACUGGGAACAGCACUUCAGCGACAAGCUCGAUACCAUGAUAGGGAUGCUGUCACAAACUUUGGAAUCGGCUGGACGUUCCGGUCCAGAACAGAGACGAAGCCAGAACCAGAAGACCGUUGAGAAAACCGCUGCAGACUCGAUGCAUCGAAACAGUGUGACGAAUCAGGUCACAAAACGUAUUUGGAGUACUAACUGGGAGCCUGAUGCGUCACUCUUGGCCUCGUUCCCUCAGCACACCGACUUGUCGGUCGAAGGACUGAACUCGGUUAUCUGUGAGAGCCUUCGUUUCGACUCAAUGGAUAACCGGGAAGAGGCGAUUACCAAAACCUUUUAUCGUACAUUUCAGUGGGUAUUCGGCAGAGUUCCACAGAUCUCGCCCGAAGGACUGUCAAUGUGGUCCAGUCUUCCGGACUGGCUCGAGGGCAACUCUGGGCUCCCUUAUUGGAUCACCGGCAAGCCUGGUUCGGGCAAGUCUACCAUGAUGAAGUUCAUUCUGAAUCAUCCAGCAUUGGACCACCACCUGCAGAUAUGGUCCCAGGGUUCCGCGCUAUACAAGAUCAAGUAUUACGCCUGGAAGCCAGGAUUCGAGAUGGGAACAUCUGCGGAUGGCCUGUUGCGCACCCUCCUCCAUCAGAUGCUCGUUAUCAACCCGAACUUGACACCGCAGCUAUGUCCACGACGAUGCUCGUGGGAACUUGAAGAGUCCUUCUCGCGCCUCCUGGCCUACUCGCAGGACAAGUUUCACCUCGUACUCUUCAUCGACGGCCUCGACGAGUUCGACCUAGCUCCUGUUGAGUUGUGCCGCAAGAUACAGAGCAUCUCUUCUCACAGCACAGUCAAAGUCUGUGUUGCCAGUCGACCUUGGCCACAGUUCAGUGACGCUUUCGUCAGCAGUCCAGGGCUACAGAUGCAUCUUCUAACGGACACAGAUAUCCAGGUCUUCGUGCGCGGCCACUUCCAAGGAGUUGUCGCGUUCCAGGAGUUGAACAAUAUGUACCAAGGUGGCGGCGACAGGCUCCUCACGGACAUUGUCAAGAAAGCCAAAGGCGUCUUCCUCUGGACUGCUCUAGUUACCAAGACUCUUAUUGAGAACCUCGUUGAUGGGUCGAGUUUGCGUCAUCUUCAAGAAACCCUCGACACGAUGCCGAGCGAGAUCGAGAGCCUGUACGAUGCUAUAUUCGCAGCUAUUUCUCCAAGACUGUUACCCGGGUAUGAGACGAGAGGCGGGUUGACUAUGCCUCGAAUUCAGGCUCUAGACAUGAAUCAGGUACAGGCAUCACUGAAACGCCGUCUGGGCGCCCGGACAAGGGGCAUCCUUGAACUCGUACCCCAAACACGAACCGUCGAGUAUCUUCAUAGAACGGCAGCAGAAUGGAUCAGCCAGCCGCAUGUCUGGAAGCGAUUGCGAUCCGUGAGCUCCAAGGGCUUCGAUGCUCACUUCUGCCUUUUCCAAGCAGAGACUAUUCAAGCAGAAGAUGCGUCCCACGCGAAGCAAUGUUCCCUUCCAACGUUGCAUUACGCAUCCCACGUCGAUCCGAAGAUCAUCUCGGAUGCCGCUCUCACUGCUAUGGCUGACCGAUUCAACGACGCUUCGACAAACACUUUUGCGAGCUAUAUUCAAUUAGAUGCGGCACCAGGGCUAUCUUGGACAUCAUACAAGUCCAUGGGGGUGAGGUCUGACCUACGGCCAAACACGUUCGACGGGUUGGCAGCGCAAUUUGCUAUUCUGCCCUACAUUCGCUGCAAAUUCAAGGAGAAACCACUUCGUUUCCACCCAGUUCCCCCGAAGCGGUCAAUCCCCUUGCUCGAGCAGGCCAUCUUUGGCCCUCAAAGGUAUAGUGGUCCAGGAUCACUGUCUAAAAUUAGCCAACCAAAUAUGCCAAUGCUCCCCUAUUCCCGAAGACUAGAAGUAGUUGGCUUUCUUCUUGAACGAGGAAACAUGAGCUCUUCCGACAGGGAUGAGAGAGACAAUUGGACUGGCAACUUUAAUCGAUACUUGAACGAUGUUAUGCAGCUCCUAGUUCACUAUCGAGCGAUAAGUGGGGAGAGGAGAAGCUACGUGAAAAGACUGCUUGGAUUAGGUUAAUGUUCGAUAAGUG